AAUAUUAAUAUGUGGCUUAUGUGUAAAACAUAAUGAAAUAACUAAAGCUAACCCAUGAUUCAUGAACAUAACAUUAUAUACUGGGUAUUUCACCUCGUUCACAAAUUUUGGCACAAAACCCAAUCUUUGAUAACUUUUUUUCCGCCGACUUUUCUGAUUCUGAAAUUCAGAAUAUUUUCUCAAGCAGCCAAAACCUUUGAUUUUUUAAAUUUUUUUAAAAAUUUUCCUAUAAUUCCAAAUUCUCUCCUUCAGCCUUCGUAUAAAGUGCAAUUGAUUUCCCAAUCAUUUUGGUUUGCCAUUCAGCGUUAAAAGAUUUUGAGCUUUUGAACUUUUUUUUCAUGGCCGAAUUUGAAGAAAUUGGAGCUGAUAUUAGUUCCGAUCUUGAAGUUGAUGACAUAAGGUGUGAUAAUAUAGCAGAGAAAGAUGUCAGUGACGAAGAGAUUGAAGCAGAUGAAUUGGAGAGACGAAUAUGGAAAGAUCGUAUCAAGCUCAGAAGGAUUAAAGAAAGAGAGAAGAUUGCAGCCCUGCAGGCUGUGGAAAAGCAAAAAUCCAAGCAGGCAUCUGAUCAGGCUCGGAGGAAGAAAAUGUCACGAGCUCAAGAUGGGAUUCUGAAGUAUAUGUUGAAGCUAAUGGAAGUCUGCAAAGCACGUGGAUUUGUCUAUGGCAUCAUUCCGGAGAAGGGAAAGCCUGUAAGUGGUGCAUCAGAUAAUAUAAGAUCUUGGUGGAAAGAAAAGGUGAAAUUUGAUAAGAAUGGGCCAGCAGCAAUAGCCAAGUAUGAGGCAGAGUGUUUAGCUAUCAGUGAGUCUGAUAACAUAAAAAAGGGAAAUUCACAGUGCAGUCUACAAGACCUGCAAGAUGCUACUCUUGGAUCCCUCUUGUCUUCUUUGAUGCAGCAUUGCAAACCCCCUCAGAGAAAGUAUCCCCUAGAAAAGGGAGUUCCUCCCCCAUGGUGGCCCACUGGGAAUGAAGAGUGGUGGGUAAAACUAGGGCUGCAACAGGGUCAAAGUCCUCCUUAUAAAAAGCCACAUGAUCUUAAGAAGAUGUGGAAAGUUGGAGUUUUAACAGCAGUGAUAAAGCACAUGUCACCUGAUAUUGCAAAGAUUCGGAGGCACGUACAUCAGUCAAAAUGUUUACAAGAUAAGAUGACAGCAAAGGAGAGUGCAGUUUGGUUGGGGGUUUUGGGACGAGAGGAAGCUCUGAUUCAGCAACCUAGCUGUGAUAAAGGAAUAUCCAGCAUAACUGAAAAGCCACAAGGUGGUCGUGAUGGUAAGAAGCGACCUGCUGUCAGUAUUGACAGUGAUUAUGAUGUUGAUGGUGUUGAUGAUGGACGAGGUUCAGUUUCUUCCAAAGAUGACAGGAGAGAUCAACCGAUAGAUGUGGAACCCAUAGCUUAUAUCAACAAUGAUGAUUCCCAUCCAGUCCAAGAGAAUGAGCCUGUGGAAAAACAACCUAGUAGGAAGAGACCUCGUAAAGGAACAAACCAUGGUGAUCGACAAACUGUACCAAGCCAUGUGGAUAAGCAACUUGUUCCAUCUCAUGAUGAACAUGUUAAUGCUGAGUUAAGAAGCCCUGUGCCUGAUAUCAACCAAACUGAUGCAUCUUUUCCUGAAUAUAAUAUGCCUGCCACUCAGCAGGAAAAUGAUGCAAGCACAAUGUUGAUGCAUGGAGAGAAACAUUUAGUUGUUCAGUCUGAACUACCUGCCGUUCCUUGUGCUAAUGAAAUUUUCACCCAGAGCAUGCAUGUAGAUGGAAGGCCCAUGGUCUAUCCAUCAGUGCAACAGACUGAGCUGCACCACCGUGCUGCAUAUGAAUUUUAUAAUCCAUCGGUUGAAUUUAGGCAUUGUCGUGAUGGUCAGCAAAUUCAGGUGGGGAUGAAUGUACCACAGAUUAGGCCAGAAAAUGGGAUUGAUGUAUCGGUGCCUGCUGGAAAUGAUCAUGUAAUUACUGGGGGAGAAUUGCACCAUUACAUGAAAGACCCAUUUCAUGAUGAGCAAGAUAGAGCUGUUCAUAAUCCCUUUGGUUCACCUACAAGUGAUCCCUCAUUUUAUGGUGGCUUCAACAGCCCAUUUGAACUUCCAUUCGACGGUACAAGUUCACUAGAGGAACUGCUUGAUGACGACUUAAUACAGUACUUUGGAGCUUAGGUUGUAAAUUUUGAGAUGUCAGGUAAACCUCUUCUCUUCAACCCCGAUGAUUCAUAAUUUGGUCUCGUACAUUUUAUUUGAUGUUAGUUUUGCAGGAACUGUGAAAUUAUGCAUUUUUACAGACCUAGAUCGAGGAAUCCAUUAGUCUUUCUGGCUAUGUUGCUUUGACUUCUCAUUUUUCUUGAAGUUCCUAUGUCCAACAUAGGUAUGGGGGAUAUAACCUUCCAAGAAUCCUCCAAAAUCCAAAUACAUUAAAAAAAAAAAAAAAUUGAACAUACAAUGUCUGAUGCAUAGACACUCACAUCUGAGUCCAAGUAAUGUAGCUUUCUAGUACAAGUGUUAGCAUUUGAACAUGCAAAGGCUGUAAGUCAAGCCUAAUUUUCUGAUUUAGUUUUGCUCACCUUUUCAAAGAGAGCAAAAAAAAGGAAUAAGUUUGUGUCACAUUUCCCAGCUUCCCUUGAAUGGAAAUUGCCAUAAAGGGUGCAUGUAAAAAGUGUCAAUUGUUGAAACUGUCCAUAUGAUAAACUUGUGACAUUUUCCAUGUUUCCUUUGGAUAAAAUAAGUACUCAUUAAUCAAAUAUAUUCCUUUCCUUGUAAACCAAUUUCUAUCUGUAUAUAGUUAUAUCAUGUCUGCAGCUUUUUGUUAUUUAUUUUAGCUUCAAUGUUUUGCAGUUCUAUAGGGCCAGUUUAUAACAAGAUAGAUACUUUUUGAGCUUUGAAUUAUUCUGCAGUACAUAGAAAUACCUGAUGAGGGCUUUUUCUUGAGGGUCGUUCUAAAAGGAUCGAAUCUACAAUUCUACAAUUUUUUACCUUGGGUGAUAUUCUACAAUUUUGUAUGAGGUUGAAACCUAGAAAACUUUUUAGCAAGGCUAUAUAGGGAGAGGGAGGAAAAAGAAGAAUUUGGGAUCUUGAUGAUAUUGUACAAUUUCUUAUGAAAAGAAAGGCCGUUUGAACUCUAGUAAAUCCUCCAAAGAUUUGUCACUGGUUCUCCUCUCAUGAGAUUGGAUUUUGCCUAGUUGGCUGUUAGGCUCUGUUAACUAAUGUAAUCUCAAUUUUAGGAUGGGUUCAGUUUGAUUAAAUGUUGGUCCUUUCUUUAUAUCUAUCAAAUUCAAAAGUGGUAGUUAAUUUGGGUGUAUCAAUCGACUUUUCAAGUUUAUGUGAAAUUGUGCUGUGGACAGACCAAGUGAAAGAAACUGAGCAAAUACUAGGAUAAGCUCUAAAAAAGGACAACGAAGUUAGGGGGAAUUAAAUGCAAAUCCACCAGAGAAAAUCAAAAGCCUUAGGAACUAAUAGGAAAUUAAUGAGGAAAAUGAAAUUAAAAUAGAAGGAUUAUUAGCUGCCAUUAAGAGCUUAUAGAUGGUUUUUGAAAUAGUAAGAGGAGAGUUAAAUAACUUGAGGAGUGCAUAGACCUGUGAAUCAUAUUGCUGUUACUUUUUUGUUUAUCUAUGUGUUGCUCAUAUCAAAUGUAUUUACACUGGUCUUUUUUUUUCUGGUGGAAUUGCCUUGUUGCCAAUGAUACAGGUGCUUGGUGUUGGAACUCAGGUUUCUUAGCCUCAUUCUUCAUUCAUUAUUUUAAUUUUUUGUUUUAUACAGAUGAUCCUGGUUUUAUAAAGAGAGUAAAUUUCUCCAUUAGUCAUUAAAUUUUAUUUUAUCCUACCUAGGUUAGAACUUUGUUGGUAGUUUGGUACCAAAUCUAGUCAUUUAAUAGAAAACUUAUGUGGCUGCCAAGUUAGUGAUAACAAUAGCACCUCGUUAGUUUCCUUGACUUGAUUGAAAAUUUUACAGGGGCUAAGAAGAUAAGGAUGCAAUGGAUGGCUAAGAAGAUAUAUAUGUAAUAUACAUCAGAUGUUGCCUAUCAUAUCCUCUAUGAAUCUUCCAAUUGAAUUGAAUGGAGAUCCACCAUUCAUAAUGGCCUUCCUAGCCAUCUCUUCCGUUUUCUUCACUUUCUUCCUAACCUUACUGCCUGCAUCCAUAACCUGUCGGACACCUUCUUAUAUCUCAUCUGCCAUCACAUCACUUAUCCCUUUCCUGUAAUCCAACGUCAUCACUACUGCCAAUCCCAGCUCCUUCAUCAUAUAUGCAUUCAACUGUUGUUCAGCAAACAUAGGCCAUGUUACAAUCGGCACACUAAACCACAAGCUUUCCAGGAUUGAGUUCCAACCGCAAUGAGAUACAAACCCUCCUACUGCAUUGUGGCCGAGGACCUCCACCUGUGGUGCCCACCCGCAUACCAUCCCCCUCUCUUGGAUCCUUUCCAGGACCCUUCUGGUAACAUUUCCUCAGGAUUCUUGAAAUGAACUGUUCCUGCAGCAGCAUCUACUGGUGGUAGCACAUGCAAGGACCACAAGAACUUGUGCCCACUCCGGUCUAGCGCAAGUGCUAUUUCUUUCACUUGGGGUGGUUCAUGGCUUCCCAUGCUUCCGAAGCAAAGAAAAACAUCUGAUGAUUCAGGCUGGUUAUCAAGCCAUUUCAUAACCUUGUCGCGUUGGACCAGAUCCAACUCAGGAUUAGGCAAACCAUCGAGUUGAAUCACUGGUCCAACUGGAUAAAUUGGAGGGUUUUGGGCAUUGGAAAAACAACGAAGGGCAUAAGGUUCAAGCUCUUCAAUUGUAUUUAUCACGAUACCUUUGGCAUCCUUAAACCUUUCUGCAAACUUGACAAAUGCGGUAUAACCUCCAUCCUUGUUGAACAAGAAUGAAGGCAGAACACAUGAAGGGACGGGAUUUGCAAAUCCUAGGAUCAAAUGUCCAAGAUCCGUGUUUUGGGUGUCAGGCUUCGGGCAUUCAAAUUCCAAGCUGUUCUGUCUAUGCCGAAUUGGUAGGUACAGUAUGAGACCCAAGGUGGCUGCAUUUGAGGUUAAGAAUGUAUAAGAAGGAAGACCCAAAUCGGUUGCGACAUCCAGGUUGAGUUGGAAGUAGAUUUCAUAGACACAAUAUUUGUGAUAGCAUUUCUAACAGGAUCAAUGUAGCUCUGAAUGAAUUCAUAGAUAAAGACUUAUGGUACUGACUUCAAAAGAUGUAACGAGGGAGGAUCUACGUGAGGGAGCUGAAUGAAGUGGAUUCGAGCAGGUUCUUCGAUGUAGGCAUCGACAAAACCUGAAGAAAACCACUGAAUGCAAAGAACAGUAACCCAAAUUCUAUGAUCGUGAUUAUUAAGACGCUUUGCGAAUUCAACAGUUGAGGCCAAACGGCCGACUCCUGAUGAUGGAACGAAUAUCAGCUCUAGUCUCCAUCUCCUACCUCUUACUGUUCUGUUUAAUCGUUUCUUUCUUGCUUGCUUCCAUGUAUGGGAACACGCUAAUUCCAAUGUCACUAAUCAUUCGUUUUGAGAUA